GGACGACAAAGGACAAGCCGAAGUGCCAGAGCCCAGAAUCGACCAGUGCGUGACUCAACUCCCUGCGCCUUUUUCCAAUCUCGCCCGGAGUAACAUUGAGAGGCCUUCUUCCCAUGUGCGUCAAUUGACUGGAGCCUGCCUGGCUAUUCUGUACGGAGUACUGCCCAAGACAGCCUGAAGUGCUCCCUUGAAACUUCCAGAACGUCAACCCAGGUAUUCGCUGCUAUUGCUGACAUCGAGGGAGCUAAGACCGAUCUUUACCCACACAAAUCCUCACGACACCAAUCACGCCCACUGUACCAGUCCGGGUAUCUGUCAGCAUCGCAGUUUAAGGUUGAUGGGUGUAUCGAUAUGACUUUUGCUACAUCAGCCUACUGAACGAGCGUCAUCUUGUGCAUAUUCAGGGUCGCUGCAGAUUCAUUCACUCCGUGUGACGACCUCUUUAGAGACACCUCUUACGCCUUCGACCGCAUCUCGGCCAUCGUAUACCACUGCUCCGGCUUCGGCCCAAUCGCAAUGAGCAAUUCCACCUCCCCAUACAAUGACGCCCAUGCCAUGGGCUCCGAUCACACUCAGGGUCCACCGCGAAAGAAGAUGCGCAAAGGAACGAAGAGUUGUUUAGAAUGCAGGCGCAGAAAGAUCAAGUGUAACUUCGAGCCCGGAAGACCGGCAGUAUGCAAUGAAUGCUAUGCCCGUGGCUCUGCCUGUAUCGAUCAAGAACACGGGGACAUACACUCGUACACGCAGACAAGUGUAGAACAGUCGAACUAUAGUUUGCGCGAAAGGGUAUCACAACUCGAAGACCUGGUCAAACAGGUACUACAUCGGCUGCCCGAGAAAGGAGAAAACCCCUCUGGAUCGCAGUCCCAUACAGACGCCGACAAGAGCCAUGUUGACGCACAGGCUGCCGAGGUAUUGAAAAGUCUGAAGAGUUCAUUCCGCCAAGUCGAAGCAAACGUCGAAGAGUCGAUACUUUUACCUGGUGGUGUCCGAGAUGGUGCUCCGGCGCUGACUUUAUUCGACAAUGCCGUUCUUGAAAGAAAGGACAGCCAGCCUGUAGUGUCGAGAGAAAAGUACAACAAGAACAAGGCCCUGCUUGCUGCGUUACACAAGUUACUACCCUCGCCCCAUGAUCUGGAGAUCAUCCUCGAAUCUUCUCACGAAUGGUGGACGAUAUGGCGUAAAAUGUUCCCCGAGAUCAGCGACAGUCGAUGCGAAACGAUCAAGGAGUCCGUUUCGCAUUCCUUACGAUCUGACCAGCCGGCUGAGUUGGCCAAGAUCAUGCUUUGUAUUGCCAUCGGAAUCCAUCAACUCCCAGGUUCUUUCGAUUGGUCCAGGCUGCAGACAAAGGAAGAGCCAGCGGCUCUGAUGGAACGGUACAUCGCUACUGUCAACAAGCUCAUCACGUCUGAUGAUGAAAUUGCGGCUACGAUUGACGGCAUUGAAUGUAUGUUACUGGAGGCCAAAUAUCAGAUCAACAUGGGCCGUCCAAGGCGUGCGUGGCUGUUGUUCCAUCGAGCGAUUGCAUUUGCCCAAUUGCUUGGGCUGCACAAAUUGCCAGCUCGCGUGGAUAAGACAUCUCGCGACUACCAGCGGUCCUUUAGCAUCUGGUCCCAUUUGAUCCUCGGGGACAGAUUCAUGUCGCUGUUUCUUGGACUGCCGUACUCUGUUGCAGAACAGUUUGUCACUCCCUUUAUCCCAGGAAAUGGACCAUUCCCCGGAAAUGCCAGUGCUGGCGAACUUUACGUUGCAAAGAUGAUGCCGGUCAUCACCAAGAUUAAUGACCGGAAUCAGAGCGUCGUUCCGAUGGGCUACUCUGCCACAUUAAGACUCGACCAAGAAUUGGAAGAGUUGCAUAGUGCGCAGGAUCCCUCCUGGUGGUCGCUUGAAAUGAUUCCCGGAGAUGUGAUCGACGACCAUUUCGACCGAUUACAAGCCCAUUUUUAUCACCAUCAGGCACGGUUGCUUCUUCAUAUGCCGUUCAUGCUUCGAUCCUCGUCUGACAAAAGAUACCAGUAUUCGCACAGUGCUGCCCUUGAAGCGGCGCGAGAGAUGAUUCGGAUUUACGGGGCGCUGCGGAAUAAUCCAGCUGUAGGCCCCUUUAUCUGCAAAUUAGUGGACUUCCAGGCUUUCACGUCCGCCAUGCUCUUACUGCUCAACCUCUGUGGCUAUUCACAGCAACACCGCGGUAGUAACUCUCAACCACCGGACCUCGAGCAAGACCAGAGAGAUUCUGAACUCAUUGACCAGACGAUAGGCCUGCUCAAGGAUGCCACCCAAGAAGGUGGAGGAGUUGUUGCUGCACAAAGCGCUCAAGCCCUUGAGAUGCUUGCUCGUGCUCGACAUUGCUCAGAAUCAGACAUCAAAGAUCGUCCUGCUGGAACCUGUCAAGUUUCCAUUCCGUAUUUCGGCACAAUAUCAAUCGGCAUGGGCAAGCAGUUCAUUCCCAUCAAGCCUGGAACGUAUGUUCAACGUUCAUCUAAUUCUACUGUAACUGUUCCGACGAGGGGAGCCCCCAACACAGGGUUACCCACUCCUCCAUCCAUCACUUCGAGCAGCACGCAGCCAUCUCCCAUCACCACUACCAUCGACAAUCCUCACCUGCAGCCCCCUCAAGCGCACAGACUACCAGUAUACGAGUCCACAGACUUCAUAGCCCCCGGGCUUGACCAAAAUUGGCCUCAAGGCGACGACCCUUUGGUUACAUUCGAUAGCUUCAUGUCUUUCGCACCUCAGAAUAUGCAAGACUAUCCGUCUGCUGGUGGCACUGCAACCAGCAGUUCAGGUUUCACUCCACAACAACAAUCUCAAAGUCCAUAUACCGAUGCUGUCACCAAUUUCGACACUGGAAUAGGCACUGGUGGCCUAGCAAGUAUAGCCGCUCAGCAAGGCUUUCCUUUCGUCAACUACCCCUUUGGUCAGAGUGGCCCUGACCUUGAUCAAGGCUGGAAUUGGUUCGGCGUCGAUGCACCACUCAUGCAGUGAACUCGCCUCUCUCCGGUGACCACCAUCGGCCUUGGGAAAUGCUGUGACGUGGCCCUUGAGCUUCGGGCCACCAAGCAAUAAUCGACAAAUAAAAGCCUGUGACUUGUCCGGAGCUGGCGGCGACUCUCCGGGGUCGGAUUGGCCAAUACCAGGGGUCACCUUUUGAGACAGCUUCCCGGAAAGACCACCAACCGACAUCCGGUCGAAUCAUCGACCUGUCGGCGGGAGGCUUCCGUACUUUCCCAGCGGACGUAUCGAGGCCUUUUCCGGACGAACUCUCGCGCUCGGUUCGGUGUUUGAAUCCUGCUGUCGUGUUUGGUGUUUCGGCUAUACUAAUAUUAGGGGUUAUUCAAGACGAAUACUCGGUAUGAUUGUGACGAGAAUGGCGCUGCUCGUCGCGUGACUGCCCAACGAUGUUUAUGUCAAAGGGUCCGAGCCUGGUUUUGUCUCCCUCUUCAUACAUAAGAUGCUGGUCGGCCAUGAAAGAUGUAUGUUGGAUGAUCAAAAAAAAGGGCGAUUUGAUUAUUGAAUACAUGGUCUUGUAUUAGGUACUUCUUUUGUAGCAUAUGUGUGUACUGUACGACACCACCUUGGAGGCUUGUGGGAGGACUCUCUCGGUCAUCCAGAAUUUUGAAAAAGUACUUUUUUCGGAUGGGCAUUCUCUCUGAUAGAACGAUGUUUGCCUGUAUCCGGCAGGACAUGAUGAACACGAGUAACUACGUAAGCUGUCUUUGCAGUUUCUCAUGCUCGCGCCGCGCGUGUUCUAUGCUGUAUACCUACUUGGGUGUUAUAUGGUCCUAGACGUUUCCUCUAUGGGACUUUUUCUUUUCAACUUCUUCCAUGACGACAGAACUCGGAACAGGCUAUAUUUAUUUGUAUUGCGUCUCGUAUUUUUGUUUCUCAUAUUCAUUGACCAAGUUGGUGUAUAUAUGGGUGUAUCUAUAUCAUACGCGUUUCGUUCUUCGUGCCCACAAGGUACGUGGUACGUGGUAUGUAGGUGUGGGGGUGUAUGUGUGUG